CUCCUUCAUUCGAAGAACCCCACUCGCAAAACCCCCGAAACCUCUCCCUUUCUCUCUCUCUCUCUCUCUGUCUCCUUCUCAGCCAUGAGAAAUCCCACGGCGCCGCCAUCGCCGCCGCCGUCGGAGUCCGAUGACCCUGAUGCCGCCUUCUCCCGCUUCUACUGGUGGCGUUCCCUCCAAGACCCGGAUGGAUCUGUGGCACCAUCGACACCUACGCCUUCUCGACUGCGUGUUGUGAAGGAACUUGAGAGAUUGGCUCUUGUUGCGCAUGAAUCGCUUGAUGAACUACGGCAUAGACUUUUGGGGUAUCGAGCUGGGGAUCUUUGGUUCCCUGCUGGUGGGAUCUCGAGACAGGAGACGGAUAUUCCUCCGGUUAUCACUGUUUUGUUGCUUGGAUUUGCUGGAACGGGGAAGAGUUCGUUGGUGAAUCUUAUGUAUUCUGUGCUUGGUCGCUCUGGAUUUGUUCCUUUUGCCCAGACUUCCUCUCCUGCAGGGAGGCAAGGGAGAACAGAGUUCCUAGAGGAGCACAAUGUGCUCAGAUCAAUGCACAAUGGUUUCUGUGUCUUUGAUUCCCGGGGUUUGGAUUAUGACCGAAUGGAGGAUGGGUUGGAAGAGGUCUCCGAAUGGAUGGAUGAAGGGGUUCGACAUCGGCAGCCUUGUCGUGGUGCUGGCUCUUCUGCCCGUGUGCCACUCACCGGGUCUGCUGCAAAGGCGGCCAAGCGUUUUGUUCAGCGGUGUGUAAACUGUGUCAUGCUAGUCCUCAGUUUAUCGGAAAUCUAUUGGUCUUAUACUGCCGGUGACUUUAGACCUCUUGAAGCCGCCCGUGAGCUCUUCCAUGCUCCCUCUGUCAAGAACAAUUGCAAUGAUAACCCCAUUUUGGUGCUAACUCACGGAGAUGAACUAACCACAGAGCAAAGGAUUGAUGGUCGAGUAAAGAUCUGUGAGUACUUAGGCAUCUCCGAGACAACUGGUGUCUACGACAUCAUGUGCCUACAUGAGCAAGGCUCACACGGUGCAAUGGUGAUCGACGAGAUGGAUCCCGUCAAUGCUUACGCCUUAACAGAGGCAUUGUACCGUGCAUUGCUUAUUGCCGAUCGAAGUCAUCCCCCAAAGCCAAAUGUCAAAGACUGGUUAUUGCUUAUAUUAUCAUGGUCAAUGUGUUCUCUCUCGGCCUUUUUCGCCUUCUUAGCUUACUUCUGCUCCAAACUCGCCAAGGCUCACAAAGAUCAUCAUAAGCUCAGAUAGCACUGAGUCUCUAACUCUGUGACAUUAACCAAUACUCAGCAAUUACUCGAUACUAAUCGACAAUGAUUAAUCCCGGUAUAGUAUGUAUAUCAUAAUGCUCUCUCUGUGAAUAUAUGAUGAUGAGCUUAACCUUCA